GAAGAAAAGGAGAAACAGUGACCUCAGGCUCCAUUGUCUCACCGUCUGACAAAAGGAGGUUCUGCAGCAGGAAACCAUCGGACCGAGGCCCUGAGCACCACAACCAGAGAAAAAAGAAAGAUCAUCCAGAUGUGUCCUCUCUUGUCCUCUUGUCUUACAGGUUGGACAGUUGUAGUAGAGAGACCAGUCCUCGAGACUCCUCCCUCCUCCUGUCCGCCUGUCAGGCACAGCUGACUGCAGCAGAGAGUGAACGAGACUAGACUCUUUUCAACAUCGCCUCUGGUGUCACCGCUCACAGAUUACAGCAGUGAGCCAGUCAUGUUCCGUAAGACCUUUAUGAUCUGCCACAUUAAGGUGGACUGGGAUGUGUUCAGGUGCCGAUGCCCCUUCCUGACCACGGUGCCCAGUGUUUUCCUGAACUGUGCCCAGAGGUGUCCAGUGAUGGUGGACCUGGCCUCCAGAGCUCUGCCCUCUGCAACGUCCGUGUCCAAAGACUCUGCAAUAGAUCAAAAGCAUGAAGUCAAAUUGCCUCCGGGACACACAGCGCCCCCUGCUGCUGAUGGGGCAGUAGGCUCUAAAUGCCCCUUCCUGGCUGCGGAGAUGGUGGAGAAGAAGAACAACAGGGUGGUGCGAGCGGCCGGCACGGAGCUGCAGGAGGACGUCCAGGAGAAGGACUCCUGCACAGGUAAAAAGGUCGGGGAUCUUAUCGAGGCAGACGAGAGUCAAACGGAGGAAUCAAAAAGCCUUUUUAAACCAUUACCUUCAAAAGUGUCUCGCCUGUUAAAGGAUCGUCUCCCCCAUGGUGUUCCCUUCCAGUACGACAAGUUUUUUGACGAGAGGAUUGAAAGCAAGAAGAGCGAUCACACCUACAGGGUUUUCAAGACCGUGAACCGGCUGGCCUCUUCGUUCCCGAUGGCGGACGACUACUCCGAGUCGCUUCGUGCAAAGAGAGAGGUGUCUGUGUGGUGCAGCAACGACUACCUCGGCAUGAGCCGUCACCCCAGAGUCACCCAGGCUAUAAUUGAAACCGUUCAGAGACACGGUGCCGGCGCCGGAGGCACACGGAACAUUUCAGGGACAAGUAGGUUCCACGUGGAGCUGGAGCAGGAGCUCGCUGACCUGCACAACAAGGACGCCGCUCUGCUGUUCACCUCCUGCUUCGUGGCCAACGACUCCACGUUGUUCACUCUGGCAAAAAUGCUUCCAGGUUGCGAGAUCUACUCUGACGCAGGGAACCACGCCUCGAUGAUCCAGGGCAUACGAAACAGCGGGGUCAAGAAGUUCGUCUUCCGUCACAAUGACGUCGGCCACCUGCGAGAGCUGCUCGAGAAGUCGGACGCCUCGACUCCAAAGAUUGUCGCCUUGGAGACGGUGCACUCGAUGGACGGGGCCGUGUGCCCGCUGGAAGAAAUGUGUGACACUGCCCACAAGUUUGGCGCUCUGACCUUUGUGGACGAAGUGCACGCCGUGGGUCUGUACGGGCCCAGAGGAGGAGGGAUCGGGGACAGAGACCGAGUCAUGCACAAGAUGGACAUCAUCUCCGGUACCCUCGGCAAGGCGUUCGGCUGCAUGGGGGGUUACAUCGCCGGCACCGGCGCUCUGGUGGACACGGUGCGCUCGUUCGCCGCCGGCUUCAUCUUCACCACCUCUCUGCCUCCCAUGCUGCUGGCGGGCGCGAGGGAAUCCAUCAAGAUCCUGAAGGGUGAAGAAGGCCAGGCGCUCCGCAGGAAACACCAGAGGAGCGUCAAGCUGCUCCGACAGAUGCUCAUGGACUCGGGCCUUCCCAUUGUCCACUGUCCGAGCCACAUCAUUCCUCUACGGGUUGCGAACGCAGAGAAGAACACGGAGAUGUGUGAUAUCCUGAUGUUCCGUCACCACGUCUACGUCCAGGCGAUCAACUACCCCACCGUGGCCAAGGGGGGGGAGCUGCUGCGUAUCGCCCCCACACCGCACCACACGCCACAGAUGAUGUGCUACUUUGUUGAGCAGCUGGUGAGGACGUGGACCGAGGUGGGUCUGGAGCUGCGGCCGCACUCGUCAGCCGAGUGUGACUUCUGUCGGCGGACGCUUCACUUCCAGCUGAUGAGCGACAGGGAGAAGUCGUACUUCACAGACCUCAGUCACUGCACAUCCGCCGUGGCCUGAUGUCAAAUAGAACACUAUUCAGGCUAUUUAUUUAAUUCACAUUUAAAUGACGUCGGCGCUCUUCAAAACACGUUCCGUGUCACCAAUAAAUGUGUGGGUUAAGUGUUCAUUAA